GAAACCUGAAUCUAAGAACUCUGGCAUAUAACAGUGACCAUGGACAUUGUACGCACAGCUGAGUCUGCCACAUCUAGUGCCACCUGCAGAGAUUCUGCCUGGAAAUACCUACAAUCUGCCCAUCAUGGAAGAGAGAGAAACAAUUCCUAUUAUACUUCUCGUGAUUUUUAUUCUCAGUUUGGAUUAGAAGACUUUCUAUGUACAGAUGACAUUCCUGGGACAGAUGAAGAUACAGAUUCAGCUGUUUUAUUUGGAACCUUGAGAGGAAAUGUGGUUGGAUUACGUUAUUACACAGGGAUUGUUAACAAUAAUGAAAUGGUUGCACUUCAGAGAGAGCCCAAUAACCUCUAUGAUAAAAAUGCAGUAAAAGUAAAUAAUGUGAAUGGAAACCAGGUAGGCCACAUCAAAAAAGAACUUGCAGCACCCUUGGCAUACAUCAUGGACAAUAAACUAGCAAUAGUUGAAGGGGUUGUCCCUUAUGGAGCAAACAAUGCCUUUACUAUGCCUGUGCAAAUGAGUUUUUGGGGAAAAGAAGAAAAUAAGCAAGCUGUUCUAGAUAGACUGAAAAUGCAUGGAUUUAAAUUGGCUCCUCCUUUAAAAAGUUCAGAAUUUGAUUUUGGAUCAAGUUGGGUUUCUAGAAGAGCUGGACCAAGCUAUAUUGCUUUAGGACAUGCUGCUGUUCAGAUGACAACAGAACAGCUUAGAAGUGAGUUUGACAAAUUAUUUGAAGAUCUGAAAGAAGAUGAUAAAACUCAUGAAAUGGAAGGACCAGAGGCUAUUGGAACACCAUUACUUCCACACCAAAAGCAGGCUUUAGCUUGGAUGGUUUCACAUGAGAACAGUAAGGAGUUGCCACUGUUUUGGGAGGAGAAAAAUAACUUUUACUAUAAUACACUUACAAACUUCGCUGAAAAAGAACGGCCAGAAAAUGUUCUUGGAGGAAUACUAGCUGAUGAUAUGGGAUUGGGUAAAACACUUGCAACAAUUGCAUUAAUUCUUACCAACUUUCAUGAUGGCAAACCUCUUCCUGUUAAAAAGAUUAAAAGUGAUCAGUUGCAUAAGGAAUUUGGUGUCACUGGUGUGAAAAAUGAAGGACAUGAACUUUUGGAAGGGACCAGCUGUAAUGUGGAGCCUAGCAUUUCUAAUGAGAAGAGUGAAAUUGUUCAGUCACAAUGUUGUAGUUCCCAGCUAAAAGGAGAUAAAUCUGAAAAAACCAACUAUAUAUUAAUCAGUGACUCAGAAGAAUCUGAAGAGUGGCUGCCACAACAAACGAAUAAAUGUGUGAGAGAGGUCCCAACAACCAGAAAGAGAAGUAAACCAGCUUCUUGCAUUAUUCAAGAAGAUACAGGCUUUGCAUCUGCUCUUGCAGCUCCAUCUACUCCAUUAAAAAAGAAAGCAAAGAAAAAAGGUACUACAAGUAUACAGUCUGUUAAGAAAAAUGAUUGUGAAGAUGGCUCCAGAACAACACUGAUCAUAUGUCCACUCUCUGUCCUGAGCAACUGGAUUGAUCAGUUUGAACAACAUAUCAGGCCAGAUGUUUGCUUGAAUAUAUAUGUUUAUUAUGGUCCUGACCGCAGCAAAGACCCAGUAUUUCUUUCAAAACAAGAUGUAGUACUGACAACCUACAACGUCUUAGCCAGUGAUUAUAGCAGAACUGAUAGCCUGUUACACAGAUUAAAGUGGCUGAGAGUGGUGUUGGAUGAGGGGCACACUAUUCGAAAUCCAAAUGCUCAGCUGACUAAAGCUGCGUUAAAUCUGGAGGCACAGAGGAGAUGGAUACUGACAGGCACUCCUAUCCAGAAUUCCUUAAAGGAUUUGUGGUCUCUUCUUUCCUUUUUAAAACUGAAACCUUUUACUGAUCGAGAGUGGUGGCACAGAACAAUCCAGCGCCCUGUCAUGCUGGGAGAGCAAGGGGGACUCAGGCGUUUACAGUCCCUAAUUAAAAACAUCACUCUGAGAAGAACAAAAACAAGCAAAAUUAAUGGAAAGCCUGUUUUGGAAUUACCGGAACGUAAGGUAUUCAUUCAGUAUGUUACACUUACAGAAGAAGAGAGAAAAAUCUAUCAGUCUGUGAAGAAUGAAGGCAAAGCUGCUAUUAGCAGGUAUUUUAAUGAAGGAACUAUUCUGGCACAUUAUGCAGAUGUCCUUGGUGUCUUGCUCAGAUUGAGGCAGCUGUGUUGUCAUCCUCAUCUUUGCACAAAUGCAUCAUCUUCUAGUUUUCAAAUAGGCAAUAGUACUCCUGAAGAAUUACGUGAGAAGUUAGUAAAUAAAAUGAAAUUAAUUCUGAGCUCUGGCUCAGAUGAAGAAUGUGCAAUUUGCUUGGAUUCUCUGAAUCUUCCUGUGAUAACACACUGCGCACAUGUGUUUUGUAAACCAUGUAUUUGUGAAGUCAUCCAAAGUGAACAGCCAAAUGCCAAAUGUCCUCUUUGUAGGAAUGAACUUCGAGUCGAACAUUUGGUAGAAUGCCCUCUGGAGGAGUCAAAUCCUAGUAUUGCAAAGCAGGGUGAUCAGGAAUGGAUAUCCAGUUCAAAAAUCAGUGCUCUAAUGCAUGCUUUGAUAGACCUAAGGAAGCAGAAUCCAGCUGCAAAGUGUCUGAUUGUUUCACAGUUCACCACUUUCCUGUCUCUAAUAGAAACUCCACUGAAAGAAUCAGGAUUUGUGUUCACUCGUUUGGAUGGAACCAUGACACGGAAGAAAAGAGUACAAGCAAUUAAGCACUUCCAAGACAGCCAUGCAGGGUCCCCGACCAUUAUGCUGCUGUCCCUAAAAGCUGGUGGAGUUGGUUUAAAUCUAACAGCUGCUUCACAAGUGUUUUUAAUGGAUCCUGCUUGGAAUCCUGCUGCAGAAGAUCAAUGUUUUGACAGAUGUCACAGACUUGGCCAGAAGCAAGAUGUUGUUAUCACUAAGUUCAUUGUGAAGAAUUCGGUGGAAGAAAAUAUGCUGAAAAUCCAGAACAAGAAAAGGGAACUUGCAGCAGGAGCCUUUGCAGCUAAAAAGCCUACUGCUAGUGAAGUAAAACAAACCAAGAUCAAUGAAAUUAAGACACUGAUUGAUUUAUAAUUUUGUAAGAGGGUAGGUCACUCAUGCUUUCUGAAUAAAGGAUAUAGAACUAUAGUUAGUGGCAUUAGUUUUUAUGUGCCCAUACUCCAUGUAUGUUUAUUAUGAUGCUGUUAAAGUACUGUGGCAGAUAGAAUGUAGACUGUCAAAUUAUCCAACAAGAAUAAAAAUUGGUUUGAGUAUUUGUUAAUUAAAAAAAUACUUUAAAUAUUUUUGUACACAUUGAACCUAUAAAGUCACAAAGUAGUUUGUUUGAGAAAUGGACCAAAAAUUCAGCAGAAAUAUAUAACUUAUUUUACUGUGAAAUAUUACUUGCUAGAUACUGACCUAUUUCUAGAAUGAAAAUGCAAAUUUUAUUUUUCUGGCUUUGAAAAUAUGAUCAUCUACCCCCCAAAAAAUGGAAGCAUUACAAAUGUAAAUAAAAUGCAGACUAGAACAUAAACUUUCUUUUAACCAAUCAGGUCUUGCUCGUAUUUCAGGACUGAUGUUUUAUAGUAAUUGCAAAAUUAAAAACAUGGUAACUCCUUGUGAAGACUGAUUUUAAUUUAUGGAUUUAUUUUUUGUUAGUCUGUACAGGUAGUUCUAAAUAUUUUAGAAGUAAAACUUAUAGGAAGACACUUUCUGUGCAUCAGGGAAUGAAUGUUCCUUUGGGGAUCCAGGAUUUUGUCAAAGUGAACUAUUUCAACUAUUCAUGUAAAUAUUUACAUUUAGUGUGUUAACUUCAUUUAAACAGAAUUCCAUAUAAGUGUAUGAAAAUUGUAUGAUGAUAGUAAUUCUAUAUAAAAAUAUUUUACUGUGUGGGAAAGAACAUGCAAAUUCUAGUUUGGUAUUCGUGCUAUCACUAUGUGUUUGGAUUUUGGAAUCUGCCACUAUAUAUAGUUUUGCUGUAUUCAACGUACAGAAUAUGUUGUGCUUGUUUUGUAACCCCAUUUGGACAUUGGAAAAUAAUUUUUUAAAGUAGUUAGAAGCUUUGUAAUAAGUUUUCCCAUCUCUAAAUACUUUUUUGUAUAUCCAAGUUGGAAGAUGCCAUAUGGAAGACUGAUCUGUCUAGAACUUGAUUGCCAGGGGAAGAGGCAGUUUAAUAAAAAUCUAUAGUUCUGUUUUUUCAAACUUAGUACAAAAAGCUGAAGUUGCAUAUCACUCCUUCUACCUGCCUCCUCCCAGUUUUCUCUGUUCCUCAGACAUGUGCUUCCUUACUGCUCCCGUGCUGCCUGAUGCUUGGCUCAACUAGUUUGGACUUAGAAAAUUCAAGAAAGGUUCCUUGUAACAGGAAAGGGGUCAAAAUUUGUUUUUGAUGUAUUCCACUUUCCAUUUGCUGUCACGUGGCUCAGUAUUCUGGGUGCUAGUGCAAAAUUGUAACUGAACAGCAACUGCACAUCCAAUAAUAUUGUCUUUGGAUGAAUAAUUUAAAUUCUUAAAAUUAAAUGUAAAGGAUGGAAGUCCUUACUUUGUUCAGAUAUAAUGGAUUUGGGUCUAUUAUUUUAUAUUUGUAUUUUUCCUUCUGGUUUAAUUGUGCUAAGGGGAAGGGCUACUAAACACAAUUGGCAAUUCCAUGAUGUUAGCAAUAUUUAUUUAUUAUCACAGUGCCCAAGGCACUCAUCAGAGCCCUGUGGUGGUAGAUAGGUGCUGCAUAAGUGAGUAAGAAAAUAGGACAUAAGUGAUUGUAAGAAACAAUAAUAUGAAAUGGGGAGGGAGGAUGAAGUUAACUGGUCAUUCAUAUUUACCUAGUUAUUUGCAUGAAUGUAUGGUUUUGAAUUGUUGUAAUAUAUUUAAAUGGAUCUUCAGUACCUUUUGUCCUUCUACCAAGCUUUUAUCAGUUGAUACAGGUCUUCGUGUACAAAUGAACCAUAUGGAGAAGAUAGUAGGACCUUCAUAGAGUAGGUUGGGGUGGUCAUUUUAUGCACAAAGGAUGGAGGGGAAGAACUAGAUGAGAAUACGACAAAGAUACAAGUACAGAUAAGUUGAAAGGGCAUUGGAGAUGAGGACAAUGUGCUUUAAUUUUGUGAAAUGAAGAGUAGUUAAACUCAGGAGUUAUAUGGUGACAACUUUGAUGGCUUUGUUUUAAAUUGAGUUAUAGCUUAAUAUAAGUUGUUACGAAGGAAGUGGUUGAGGAGAUGAAGGCCUGAAUGAGAAUAUUAGCUAUGAGGUCAGAGACACAAGAUUUUAGAGAUGUUAGAGGAAGAACUGACAAUUUGGAUGCUGCCUUGAUGUGUGGAGCAAGACACAAGGGAGUCACAGUAGCCACUUCUAUCACCACCAGUAAAAAAGCCUAAAAAAUUGUUUCACAGUGAUGACUCUUAAUCUCGCUCUUGUUCUUUGCAAUUUGAAUAAGAAGUGUGAUUCUACUCAGCCGCAAGUCUCUCAUAUGCCCAUUGUAUAAACUUGGUGCAUUCUAUUUCAUGCUGAAAUAAAUGUAGAACAAGUAUAU